CCUUGGGGCGACCCGCACGAUCGAACACCGAACAGCUGAUCCGCGCACCGCCCGCAGUCGACCUCCACUGGACAAGUUAUUAUUGUUAUUUGUUACGACGCAGUAGUUUUUCAACUACUAUACUUAUACAUAAUAUUUCAUAUCACUACGAGUUGCAGAUCGGCACAGCGGCAGCGGAUUUUUCCACCAAAACGUUCAAAACAAUAAUCGCAUUUACAUUCUUAAAUUCAACGUGUUUGCUGCGCGAGUAUCGUUUGCCUAAUUUUUUAUCUUGGGCUAUUCGUCCGACGAACGCGGAAAGGACUUUUUUUAUCGGCUUUCGCACGGAACGCAACGCGAAACGACGGUGCACCACAGAGAAUCCACCAUGAUGUCCGAUGGCGAAAGUUCAACGGGACAAUCGACGACAGCCGUGGAGACGGGAGGACAAUCGGCCGUGGACAACGUUCUGCUGACGGCUUCCGCGGCAACGGUCAUGGCCAUUGACGAACAGCCGACUGUGGCUAUUACCAAAGACGACGGUGAACCGAACCCGAAAAAGGCCAAGCUGUCCGGUGGAGUCGGCGAGGUGUUCGGCCGCGGUGGUGUUGGCGGCGGUGGCGGAUGCGGUGACAAACAGACCGCACUGGACAAGUUAGAACACAGGUUGGGCGGCAUACUGUGUUGUGCCGUGUGCUUGGACUUGCCCAGGUCAGCCAUUUAUCAGGUAAGCGAAUCUAUUUUUAACCGUACGGUGUACGGUAUUGUUUUUGUUGUUGUUGUUGUCGUCGCGGUAGACGCGGCGGCGGUACCAGCUGACUGUAAUAAUACAACUAUAUCGGGUCAACGACAUGCGUUCGUACGACGACAAUGCGAUGCCCCCUCGCUAUUAUUUCGGUACAGGUAGACGUUUUUGAGAUUUCCCGACCGAAACGCCCUUUUCACCUUUGUUAACGCCACUUGGUCCGUCCUGUAUACACCUGCAAACGGGUAUUGCGGUUUUUUCCAAACAUAUUAUAAUAUUUUAUCAUGUUUUCAUACCCACUGUGUGUAUCCAGCAGAUCGAGCGAUUCCCAAACCGUUUUGCGUCGUAAUUUAUAAUUAUACUACUGCCUUAUCUGUAUUAGCAGAGCUGGUUUGAUAGGAAUUCGUGUUUAUUAAUAACGCGCAUUAAUCGUAACAAAUGAAAUCGAGUGGCGGGGCGACGCCGCGUUUUCUGGGGGCCCAUGCCCCUCCUCAUGCAUGUCGUCGUCUGGAUUGUAUUUACUACGCAAUUGUAUAAACAAAAUUUGUAUCUUAAUGUUGUACACGGAAGUCACUAAAAUAUUGUUAAAAAUAACACUGCUCCUGCUUUAUUUGUCGAUUCAGUCUGCGCGUUCGUACCUAGUGAAUAUUUUUCGCUGUGUACGAAACAAAAUUCGAUGUUGGAUAUUUGUUUUAACUCGCAAAUAACGAUUGUCGUCCGUAUAUUUUUUCAAGUACCCUUAGAUUCUUAUAAUUUUGACUAUACCGCAAUUUUUUUUAAAUUACCGUAUACAACAACAGCGUUGUUUUCAGUAAUAACGUUUACAAUAAUAGUUGUUGGUAGGUAAUAGUGGCGAAACGAACCUAAAAUAACGCAGUAGGCACCCCACUCACUCGGCAAUAUUUCUCUAUAUACCAAUACUUUCUCUCAUUUUAAUCAAAAUUAGUGCAUCGUCAACGAGUAUUAAUAUAUUUAGUUAUUUUAACGUUGAGUAUCUUCCCAUCCCCCCCCUCCUAAAAAAAAAUCAGAUGUAACUGCUUCUCAAAAAUCAUAAUAAUAUACAGGGCUUUUAAACGUUCAUAAACUCGUAGCAAUCUGUCUAUACAUCGUAGACAUUUGACGAGUUUGAUUUUGAUCUUCAUAAUAAGUAUUCCAUUAGUUUUGAAAUUUUAUUUAUUCUUUUAUAUUUUGAUUAAAAAAUUGUUGAGCCCGGGAAGCUCCACUCUGACCCAAGCAGAUUAAUAUUUUUCAAUAUUUUAAUUAACAAUGAUUUUAGUAAGGUAGCCGGCCGUUUAUUACCAAAGACGGAGAAGGGCCGAGGGGGAAUCAUCUCCCCGAGGAAGCGAGGAAAGUGAGGCAUUUGGUGAAGGAAUUCACUUUAUAGUUGACAAUACCAUUCUCCCUGAAGAAAGAGAUCAGAAUACUCCCGUGAUACCUAUACCUGCCGUAAAAGGGGAGACAGAUGGGGUUGCAUCAGGUCGACAACCGGUGUACAAUUUUGUCGGACAAUAUGAGGAGUUUUAAGCAAGACUUGGGUAGAUUGUCCCAUCUCGGAUGUACGUGGGGACAACAGGUAAGAGACGGUACUUUGGUGCAUGAUUUUUACAGAUGAUAGAGUAUUGAUAGGAGAAAUUCUGAAAGAAGUUAACAAUAGACUUGAGGAAUAGAGAGUGGCCCUUGAAAGAAAAGGACUAAAGGUAAGUAAAAGUAAAACAGAGUAUGAGUUUAGAGGAAUAGGACAAGACAGCCAAUGGCAGUAAGCGGUAAUUGGUGAAGUUAAGAGUUUUAUGUAGGUAUCUAGGAUCUGUCGUACAAAAGAACAGUUGCUUAUAUGAGGAUGCAUAGGAUUAGUGUGGUAGGAUAAAGUAGAGAAAAUUAACAGGUGCUCUAUGUGACAAAACAAAUGAGACCCAAAGUUCUACAAAAGUGUAGUAAGAGUGAUUAUGUUGUGUAUGGUUCAAAAUGUUGGGCAAUGGAGAGAAAAACAUUUUCUUUUGAUUUUCUAAGGGAUUUUAAAUCUAAUUUGGAAGUACCAAUAAAGACGAAAAAUACCAUAUUUUUUUUUUUAAAUUACGGCGCAACAAUUUUAUUAUUUAAAAUUUUUAAGAUUAUAUUUUUCUACCAAAAAUCUUUGUACAAAUAAUUUGAAGAAUAGAAUAUUUUAUGAAAGAAAAUAUUUUGUCUUGUUUGUCAGUAAGAAAAGUCGUUUGAUUUUCGUAUAGUCUUCCUAAUAAUUAUGAAAAUCCAUGGAAAAAACAUAGAAAAUAUUCUAAGUGUACGGCAUUUGAGUUAUUGUUGUUUUGCGGUUAAAAAUUAUUGUAGAGACCUAUAGUUUAACAAAAAAAAUUUACAUUGGCCUUUGGAAACGAGGUAAAAUUUUCACAUUAUUAUAUCUAUUUUUAGACUAUUUAUAAGUAUUUGAUUUUGUCAUAUUUUAUAUGUAUUUUUAAUUUUUAUUUGGUUUUUAAAAUUCUAUGAUUCAAGAGAAAUGCUUAUAAGUUGUACUUAGUGGUCUAAAAAACAAAUUUGAGUUUAAUGCAUUAGUUUUAGAGUGUUUUAUGUUGGCUCAAAUCGUAAAAAUUACGGCAUUUCAAUAUAUUUUUACUGAAUCUUUUCUCUGCACUGAAUCAUUUUUCGUUGCGAUAUAAAAAUAACUUUAUGUACCCUAGUAGCUGUAUCCGUUAACAGUAUCCCCAGCUCUUUUUACUGUGUUUUAUUGGGAUUAAUUUUGGAUAUGUUGUUUUCAUAUAAUGAUAAAAACAAAUAGUUCUCACUUUCUCAGUCUAAUAAGUGGCUUACAACCAAUAAAAUAAUACUUCCCGACGCAAUAAAAAUUCUCGAUUUUUUAUUUGAGAUGCAAUCGGAUGUAUACCCAUGGGUGCACAUAAGGGGAGAGAGCUUAGCAUUCUCAGACUUCAAAUUAGCACCUCCCAAUUUCCCUGAGUAAUUUAUUUCACUAUUUCGCCAAUCAUUCGUAAAUUAUUGUGGUUUAUUAGUUUAGAUAAAAUAUUAAUUUUUUGUCCACUACAAAUAAUUCACGAAAUUAUGUGUCAAAAAUUAGCAGUAUCAAAUAAAAAGUUAAAUAUUGUAUAACAUUUAUUAGUAAUUAUAGAUUAAUUUUUUUUAUAAAUAUUUUUAAUACUUAAUAAAUUAUGUAAACGAUCUAUUCGUGUAUAGACUAUAUAGUUAAGUUGUUUUAAUAAAUAAACAGAAUAGCGAUUACAAUAUAAACAUAUAUACAAUUUCAAUUUAAGAAAUUAAUUAUUAAUUUAGACGAAUUAUAAUUUAUUGAAGUUUUGAUUUAUUAUAUUUGUAGGAACAUUUUAAAUUAUUGCAAUUUAGUCUAUUAUCGUAUUAGGUAGAUAUGGGGGCGAAGUUCCCCAUGGAUAUUAUGUGUACCAUCAAUUAUUCUAUCAUCCCUUAAAUUUGACCCCAAUGUGCGUUUAUGGAUACAUGCUACAACCGGACGCAAUCGAAACUCGAGAGGGUUAAAAAGAUUAAAAUGGGACGCAUUCAGACGACCACUGGAAGAUCGGUCAAGUGGAAGUUUAGAGUGAGUGUAGCUGACUCCAAAUUGGUGGAAUAAAUGGAAAAGAAAAGUAAAAGAAUUAUGAAGAAUAGACGAAAUCAGAUUAUAAUUGUAAUGAAAUUAAUUUAGAAUUAAGUUGAAAAAAUUAACAUCUUUUUUGAUAUUACUUAGGGGCCAUUAAGACAUUAGACGGAAAAUUAAUUUUGAAAUGUCUUGAAGUAUUCUAAUCCUACUAUCCUAAUUUCUGAUCUAACUUGGAAAAAAAUGAUCAUUUAACGAUUCCAUAACAACUGAUUAAAAAGAUUAGGUCAAAAUCUUUGGAGAUAAUCGCUGGGUCAUGAUAAAAAAAUCACCAUGAUGUACCAAUUAUUGUAUUAUAAAUUAUAAUAAACAUUUUGACGGACCCCCGUCAUUUUCUUUCGAAUCAUACUUCGUUCACAUUGCCUUCGACAUAAACAUUACAAAUCACGUUUCUGCAAGCCAGAAUAUCAGAAACAGCCAUUCUUAAAAUAUUCAAUGUUAACGUUUACAAAAUAUGUACAUACGAAUGUAAACAAAUUUUUUACUUAAAUACUCGUACAAGGGCAAUAUGCGAAAAAGAAUCGUGUUCAAUGAUCAAAUAUUAUAAUAGGAAAAUUUGUCUUGAUUUUGUUUAGUUGAAUGAUUAACGUUGUAGGUACAUAACACUAUACAUGUAUAUACAUUCUUGAAUUCUUCUAUUGAAUCAACAAUAUUCUAGGAGGAUUUUAAGUGAAUUUGAUUUGUGUUUUUUGUAAUCGUUAUGGAACUGUAUACUCUUUAUUUCUACUCUAUUUUUAAAUUUGUACUCCUUUCCCUUAACUUUUAAUUUUUACAUUGACACCCGCACUUACAAGCACAAUUCGUAAAAAUAAUAUGAUAAUCGUAAUGAAGCAUGAUAAAAGAAUCAUGCUGUAUAAUUAGCAUACUUUUUAUUUAUUUAAAAUAAUAUCAUUAUGUAAAACUGAUAACAUUGAGAAAACAAAUUACGACAUUAAACGAGAGUAGAUAUUUAAAAACUAAAUAAAAAUAUGUUAUUCACAUAGAUAACAGUUCUAGAUUCUCAUUAAGACUGUUGAAAGUAAUCGGUUUUUUCAUACAUUGAGACUAUUAUGGAAUACAAUGCACAGUGUAAAUUAAUAUACUUGCGGGAGUUCAAUUUUUGUUUUGAAAAUUGAUUUGUGUACUUCUUUUCUAUAUUUGAUUGGAAUAAGAUUUAUUUAUUGGUUGUGACACUUUAGUAAAAUGUUAUUUUAAGAAAAAAAAAUUAUAACUUACUUAUCAUGGACUUCUAAAUUAACUGAAUAACGAUGUUGUCUAAAAAAAUAUAUGAUAAAAAUCAAAGAAUUAAAAUUGAAUGAGCGAUAGUGGAUGAAUUUUAUCCAGUUUAUAUUGGUCUAAAAUGUUAUAUUAGUCUGUAAAAACGGUCGGACUCCUUAAGUUGGUAUCUGGCAGAAUAUUAGUGAUUUAGAUGAUCAUAAAAAGAUAACAAAUAAUUUUAAAAUUUUACAAAAUUGGAGAAAAUUUAGGAAAAAUGUUUCUAACUUCCUUGUGUUUUUUUUUGCUAAGAUGAAAAUUUUUAUUAAAAUAAAUAACCACUUUCCAGAUUUUGCUGUUGAAAAAAUAAUUUUGUUCCAUUGUAUGUUUGUAUGUGUGUGUGUUAAGCAAUUGUACUGUAUGUAUCUGUUUGACAUUUAACUUAUGAAGUAUACCAUUAUUAUAAUUAACAGUGUACAAAUGGACAUUUAAUGUGUGCCGGAUGUUUUGCUCAUUUGUUGGCUGAUGCGCGCUUAAGAGAUGAAAUGGCCACAUGUCCAAAUUGUCGUGUGGAUAUUGCAAAAAAUACAGCCACACGUAACUUGGCCGUAGAGAAAGCCGUUAGUGAACUUCCGGCAGAAUGUCAGUUUUGCGCCAAAGAAUUCCCACGCAACACAUUGCAUCAUCAUGAACAAAAACUUUGCGCUGAAAGGUAGGUUGGGUUUAAAAAUUAUUUUAUUAAUAUCAAAUACUGGGAACAUACCUAUAAUAAAUGCGUUCAGGAUAGUUUGCUGUAUUGUGCAUUAGUAAUAGAUUGUAAGUAAUGCUAAGAAUGUAUUGGUUUUCUAGUGACUCACACAUUUUUAUUGUAUUUUUUUCAUAAUUUCAACUAAAAAAAAUUACACUAUUUAAAACUGUUUUUAACAAAAUAGACUUUGGUGUUUUGCUAUAAUUCAAUACGAAAAAUAGUUUUAGAGACCUAGGUACUUACCUAACAUUUUUAUCAAAUGCAUAAUUGUAUUUUCUAAAUAGCAAAAACAUUAUAAUUUCCAAAAUGUUUUAGCUCCUUUUGAGUUAUAACUAGCCAGAACACAAAUGUUAUUUCAUUGGAAAGUGACUAAAUUGGAUUGCAUUAUUGCUUUAAAAAUAUCUUAAAAUGUGUAUUAAUAAAUAAAAUCUGUUAAAUAAUUACUUAUACAUUUACAUGAAAGGAAAAUUAAUUUUAAAAAUACCUAUCUAUGUUUGUUGAAUAAUAGUUUGCUUUAAUAUUAGUGUUUCAUUAUCUAUUACAAGUUUACUUAACUUCUUUAAAGUAUACGUAAAAUUUCACUAAACCAUUAUUAUUCACGAAAAAUUAAUAUUAAAAUUUGUUUUAUUUUGUAUGCAAAUUUGACAAAACAAAUUUAUAUCUACUUCUGCAAUAGAUCAAUGGAAGUUCGAACCCUAGUGAUAACUUGUUUAAAUGUGUUUACUAUGAUUUAUGUGGAUACAGAUUUUUGGUCUUAUACUAAUGUUCAAAAAUAUGGUAAAAGAUACAUCAUAAGCUGUUCUAUAAUAUUAAUGAACAUAGAUAGGUCAAUAUAAUUUCACAAUUUUUUUUUUAUUAAUAAAUUUAGGUUCAAAUGUUGAUAAAUUUGUAAAAAUUAUUAUAAAACAUUUGUAAAUAAAAAUAAAUUAAUCAUUAAUUAAAUUUUGCAAAAAAAAGUUAUUUUCCUUAAAUAUUUUUCUAUUAGUCGUAAAUAAUAUUUUUAUAUUAUACAAGCAAAUGAUAAGACUGUUUUUUAUAUAAAUAUGUGUGUAUACAUAUAUUUUUUUAAUUCUAGGCCAGUGAAAUGUGGAUACAAUAAAAUAGGCUGUCCUUGGCGUGGACCCAGUCAUGAAUUAUCAGAACACGAAAAUGUGUGUCCUCAUCCAUCAGCUUCUGGAAAAGAUGUUAUGUUAGCACUUGAGGCUACAGAUCAAAAGUUUCAGGAGGAGAAACUUUUAUAUGACACCAUAUUUGAUUUAAUGAGUUUUGAAAAAAUCACAUUUACUGGUAAAUAACAUUUAUAAUAUUUUUAAUUUGAAACAAAAUCUAAUAAUUUUCCUUGGCUUUGUAGAUUUGCAAUUAAAACCAUACCGAACAGAAGAGUUUGUACACAAGUUAUACUAUGAAACUGCCAGAUUUUCAGCAUUCAAUUCUCAAUGGGUUAUGAAAACCCGCAUCAAUAACAUGCAAAGAGAUCCAGCAUUGAGUGUUGAUCGUCACAUGUCAUACCAGGUAAUUUAUGUGUAAAACAUUUAUGGGACAACCAUUAACAAUUUUUAAACGUGUUGUAUUUGUUUGUAUUGAUUUUACUAUUUUUAAAAUAUAUUUAUGUAUAUAAACAUGAUUUAAUGAAAAAAAAAAACUGAUGUUUUAUAGAGAAAUCCAGGUAAGUUCUAUUAAGUAUAAGAAAAAAAAAACAAUAACUAACCCAUAAUAUACACAAAUGCGUAAAGCACUACCACAAGUAUCCAUGUACGUGUUGUCAGUCCUUUCAGCAUUAGGUUACACUGUGAAUUUGAAUGUUGUUAGUUGCCAAUAUAAUUUGUAAUGGUGAUGUGUAAACAUCUAUAAUCAAUAUGAAGUGGAUAAUCCAUUUAUAAUAUUGGGAAAGAGGAGCCACAAGAUAUUUGAGAUAUUAUAUUACUAAAAGGUCACAAUCUUAAAGACCAUCACAAUACUUCUACUACUCCAAUUCUUCAAUCCAUCGUCGCCACCAGACUCCACUACUACUACUACUGAUAUCACUUCUACUGCAUUGUCUUCAUGGUAUGGACUCUCAAUCAAUCUAUCGCUGAAUCGGCACAUGCACAACAAAAUUCAUAUUGCCAUCUAUAAAAUGUGUUUCUUUUUUUGUUUUUGCCCGUUUCUCUACAUCCACCACAUGUCAGACACAUUUUACAUAAACGUCAUCAAAGAAAUAACAACGGCUGAAACAUCACUAUAAGACGCCCAAUAUGGAUCAGAUCGCAGGAUUUUUUUGUAUAAACAAUUUUUGUUUUUUACGACGUUCUCAAAGUAAAACUUUUUACGAAUUCUUGUUAUUUAUUCUUGCUAGGUUAACUAUAAAUUUAAUACUUAUUAAAAAUUUGUUGUAAUUGUAUUUUUUUCUUUUAUUGAUUUAUAUUUGUAUAAAGGGUAAGCUUUGGUAAGUCACAAAAAUAUUAAAUUGCUUUUUCUUAUUUUUGUUCUUCUUUCUGGUAAGUGCUAAAAUAUGCAAACAUCCCGUAUAAUUUGGGUAAAGUUUUGUUUUUCAGAUGCAUUUGGAUUUGUAUACUUUAAAAGAUUUUGGUGAAUAAUCAUUAAUUCUUUACUAAUGUUUCAGGAUAAUUUUUUCAGGUUAUUUAUUUUACUAUCUGAAAAUACUAAUUAAUAUAUUUUUUUUUUUUUAUUCAUUCCUCUGUUUCCUUUGCACCCUGAAAUGUGUUGUCAUCGUUGUGCUGAUCAUCUGUAUAUAGCUGAUUCUGAAAACCAAAAUUGCCACACCUAUGUCUGUCCACUAUCUUGUAGUUAAAGGACCGUUUGGUGAUAUGAAAGUGAACCCGAAAAUAUUUAAGUUUGAAUUCACCGAAAAUGAAACAGAAACACAAUUUGUAACAUUGCCAUUACCAGAUUCAGCCGAAUGCAAUCGGCUGUUAGCUGCUAAAACUAUUAAUUUGAGGUAUGUAUAAAAAUUCCAAAGAUUUGGUUUGUAGCUAUUUAAUUUAAAACAUGUUCGAAGUCAAAUUUUAAAGUCAACAUUAAAAUAAUUAGAUAUACAUUUUAAAAAAAAUGAACAAUUAUUAUAAAUACUAUGUUUAGAAAAAUAUGCUCAUAAGUAUUAAUAAGAAUUGAAUUAUAUGAUUAUUUAUUAUUGAAAUUAACAAAAUAAAAAAUUGCAUUAUCACGAGCUAGAUUUGGUUACACACAAUCUCCAGUUUUUUUUAAAAAUAUUUGUUAAAAACUUAGAUAAUUAUAUGGAAUUCUAAAAAUGUACUUAAAUUUAUAAUGUUACUAAAAAAUUCUCUUGAAGUUUUUGAUUAGAGCAAGUCUAAUGUAAUGUUAUAUACCUCUGAAUAUAUAUAUUAGCUAAUUAUAUUAAGAGUAUAAAUAAUUAUUUAAACAGAUUCUUAAUUAAAUUGUCUUUGAUUUUUCAGAUUGAUCAUGUUUUUGGUGUCAAAGUAAUCAAGAAAAAUAAUAAAAUAUGUAUAUAUCAUAUACAUAUAAGCAUAAAAUAAAGUAAUAUUUAAUUUUAAAAAAGCUGUUUCCACAUUGAUCAUUUUUUAUUAUUUACCUAGGCUUAUAGCUACACUAGCAUUUCUUUUUAAAUUAACAAAGCGAAUUAAGCUACUUUUUAAAAGUUUUAUAGUUUAUUUUUAUUUUUAUUUUGUUAUUGUUGACUCAUUCCCUCUGACCAGAGUUCCACCUUGCUCUAGAAGCACGUUUUUUCUUCCUUACUGUAUUGUAUUUUAAUAUAUAUUAUUGGAUAUAAAUAAAGUGACAUGACUUACGAGUAAUUAUACUGAGUAUUUUCUCCUCCUCUUUUUCUCCUGCUUCAAAAGGAAGUUUUCGUACUAAUUUUAUAAU